UGCAGUUGAACUUGACCAGAGAAGCUGAAACACUACAAAAUGACAUGGAGAAGAUUAGAUUUGAAAGCUAAACUUUCCUUUUACAUUUUAAAGAUACUUUAAAAGUCCAGAGACGUUUUUGGGUGUGUUGAGUUUUUAACUUUAACUUGUUCCUGAGGGCACAGUCAGCAACAGGAACCUGAAUUUCAGCUUGGGUGAGUCCAGUGUGACAGAGGCGUCAUGGCUGCUGCAGAACCUGAUUUUCAGUCUGUGAAACGCAGCAACAGCCUUGAACUUAUCCCACCUUCCAUGUCUGAGCUGAGGGUUGUUCUGCUCGGUGGGAGCAGGUCUCAGAGGGCUGCAGUGGGGACCUUCAUACUUGGAGACAAUGGUUUCAGCAGAACACAAGACACCUUCAAAAAGAUCUCUCGUCCUUUGGAGAACAAACAAAUAACCGUCAUCAACACCCCAGAUGUGCUGUUUUCCACAGCAGACAAACUGGCAAAGUUCAUCAAAGACUGUGCUGGACUCUCUGAUCCUGGACCUCAUGUGUUCCUGUUGGUUCUACAGCCUGAAGACUUCACUGAGGCAGACAAAAACUGGAUCUACAGAGUCCUUCAAACCUUCAGUGAUCAGUCAUUUGAUCAUUCACUGAUACUGACUCUGAAGCCCAGAGGAAGAAGUUCAGAUCCGAUGGAAAAACACGGGAAAGGUUCUCCACUGAAGGACCUGAUCAGAAAAUGUAAAGACAGACACUUAAAGAUGGAGAAGACUGACCUUCCACAGCUGCUGACUCGAUUUGAUCAAAUUGUGAAAGAAAACAAUGGAGAACAUGUGAGCUAUGAAGAGUUUGAAGAAGUACCGACCACUUUACCAGCUGAUCAUCAGAGGCAGGACCAAAAGAAGAGACCAGGUUCUUCUGUGGCUGCUGUUAGAGACGUUUCUGCAUUCAGGAUUGUGUUGUUUGGAAAAAGUGAUGAAAAAAUGACAGAACUUGGUAAUUAUAUCAUAAGAGACACAGUGUUUCAUGGCCGACAACCUUCAUCACAUUGUGUGGCCUCCUGUGGAGAGUGGAGAGGAAAACCUACAACGGUGGUGAAAACCCCUGACAUGUUCAGUCUGACGGAGGAGAACAUGAGAAGAAAAGUGAAGAACUGUGUGAGUCUCUGUCCUCCUGGACCAAAUGUUCUGCUGCUGUUGGUGAAACCUUCAGAAUUUACUGAAGACAACAGAGAAACACUGAAGUUCAUCCUGAGUUUGUUUGAUGGAGAUGCCUUCAAACAUGCAAUGGUCAUCAUAACACAGAAGGAACACAGCGACACUGUCAAUGAACUCCUUAAAGACUGUGGAGGAAAAUACUACAACAUGUUUGAAGAAGACUAUGACCAGUUAAUGAUGAAGAUCAACAACGUUGUUCAGGAAAAUGAGAUCCCAGCACUAAAGUCUGCUUUGAACCUGGUUCUGUUUGGGAGGAGAGGAGCAGGGAAGACCUCAGCAGCCAAGGUCAUUCUAGGUCAGACAGAGCUUCAUUCAGCCUCCAACUCAUCAGAGUGUGUUAGAAACCAGGGACAGGUGUGUGGACGUUGGGUUUCUCUGGUGGAGCUGCCUGCCUUGUAUGGAGAAGCUCAGCAGAAGGUGAUGGAGGAAUCAUUCAGGUGUAUCUCCCUCUGUGAUCCUGAGGGUGUCCACGCCUUCAUCCUGGUCCUACCUGUGGGUCCCCUCACCGAUGAAGACAAGGGAGAGCUACAGACCUUCCAGGACAUCUUCAGCUCUCGGGUCAACGACUUCACCAUGGUUCUGUUCACUGUGGAGUCAGAUCCAGCAGCUCCAGAUGUUGUUAACUUUGUGAAGGAGAACAAGGACAUCCAGGAGCUCUGUCAGAGCUGUGGAGGAAGAUAUGAUGUUCUCAACAUCAAGGACCAGCAGCAGAUUCCAGAACUGUUGGAGAAGGUGGAGAAACGCAUUUCUGACAGGGAGAAUUGGACCGGUUUCACAACGAAAACAUUAGCAUGUGGCCUAAUGGAGGAAAAAUCACAUCUACAGACUGAACUGAAGGAGUUUAACUCAAAGACCACAGUUACAGACACUGAGCCGAGCCCAGAAGCAGACUGUCUCCGGAUUGUUCUGAUUGGGAAAACUGGCUGUGGGAAGAGCUCAUCAGGAAACACCAUCCUGGGGAGAAAAGAGUUUAAAGCUCAAGCAUCUCAACAGUCGAUCACCAAGAACUGUCAAAAAGCCCUCGGCAGCGCUGGAGGUCGUCCCAUCAUGGUGGUCGACACUCCUGGUCUGUUUGACAACACUCUGUCCUCUGAGCAGGUCGAUGAAGAGCUGGGGAAAUGCAUCAGUCUGCUGGCUCCAGGUCCACAUGUCUUCCUGCUGGUGUUAACAAUCGGCAGAUUCACAGAGGAGGAGAAAAGCACCUUAAGACUAAUGAAGAAAGUUUUUAGAAAAAAUUCAGAAAAUUUCACCCUCAUUCUUUUCACUGGAGGAGACAGGCUGGAACAUGAGGAGAAGACGAUUGAAAAGUACGUUCAGGAGGGAUGUAACGAAUCCUUUAAGAAGCUGAUCGCUGACUGUGGAGGAAGAUGUCAUUUGUUUAAUAACUACGAUAAAGAGAACCGCUCACAGGUCCCUGAGCUGAUCCAAAAGAUCGACACCAUGAUGAAGAACAAUGGAGGCAGCUGCUUUACCAGCGAGAUGCUGCAGGAGGCUGAAGCUGCCAUACAGAAACAGGUGAAGAGAAUCCUGAAGGAGAAAGAAGAAGAGAUUGAAAAACUGAAGGAGGAGCUUGAAAGAAAACACAAGGAAGAAAAAGAAGAAAUGAGAAGGAAAAUGGAGGAACAGAAAGAAGAAAUGGAGAAAGAGAGAAAACAGAGAGCUGAACAACUUAAAGAGAUGGAAGAAAACAUCAGGAAGGAGCAAGAGCAGAAAGAGAAAGAGCAGCAAAUAAGAGAAGAAGAAGAGAGGAAAAGGAAAGAAGAUGAAGAACGACAACAACAAAAGUGGGAAAAAGAACGACAAGCUUUAGAGAAACAAAUCCAGCUGGAAUCAGAAGAAAAGGAGACCAUUGACAGAAAACUGGAGGAGAUGAGAAGACAGAUGGAGGAAAAACGAGACGCCUGGGAGACAGAAAGAAAGGAGUGGUGGGAAAACCGACACCGAGAGGAUAAAGAGAGACGAGAAGAACUGAAGAGACUUCAAGAGAAAUUUGACCAAGAAAGAGAAAAAUAUAGAAACCAUAAUAGAGAAUAUGAUCAAAAGAGAAGGAAUCAGGAGAAGGAAAGGAAAGAAUUAGAGGAAAAAUAUCAGAAACAACUGGAGGAAAUUAAGAAAAAAUAUGAAGAAGAUGCCAGAAAACAGGCUGAAGAAUUUAAUGAGUUCAAAAAGAAAUACAAUAAAUUAUCUUCUCUGAUGCAAAAGGAAAUGACGGCUACGAAGAAAAACCAAAAGAAAGAAAUACAAGAAAAGGUUUGAGAGCAAAGAGGAUUUAACAAGUAAGACAGAAAAUUACUGAAAGAUCAAUAUGGAAACGAAUGAUGACAAAACAAAUCAUAGAAGCAGGUUGUGAAGAAAAAACAACAAUGUGAAGCAUCCUCCAACUUCCUGUGGAUCUUUGAUUUCACUAAACAAUCUGCUUUUACUUUCUUUAGAUCUGGACAUUUAUUUCUUACCAUGAUGUGUUUUAUUUAAAGCAUUACGUUGUUAUUAUAAAUCAUUAUUCAAUUAAUAAUUCCCCAAAACUACUGCAGGAGCUAAUAAGCGAAAAGUCUGGAAAUAAGUUCUUAUGCAGAGUUUGAUGUGUGAAACAGAACCAACAGAACCAACAGAACCAAACAUCAAACCAUUGAAAACAUGUUUAGGUUUGUUUAAAAUGAUUAAAAGCAAUAAGAUACAAUAUAGAGCAAUUUCCUCCUAAAGAAUAAGAAAAUAUGUCUAGAAUCUAAAACUUCUAGAUUCACUCUAUUAUUGUAAAUUAUAUAUACACAAUAUAUUAUAUUUAGUAUAUUGUAUAUUAUUGUAUUCAGCCUGAUCCACUCUUGAUUAUUAUGGGAUGAUCUGUAGUGAGAAAUCUGAUCAUUUUCCCAGAAUGUUUUAAAUAAUAUAUGAAUAUGUUUCUGAGCUAAUGUAACAUUGGAGUUCUUUCUUUGUUUCCCAUCUUCAGUAAAAUAGGACAACUUCUUCUUUUGCAUCUUUUAUUUUGUGGAGGGUGUGUUAUGUCUUCUUCUUCUCUUUUCUUUGCUGAGUUGGGGUUUUCAAGGGUUUUAUUGUUGUUUACUGGUUUAAAACCACUCACUCAAAAAUCUAGAGGUGAAAUUUUAAGGGACUUGGUUUGGUUCUUGUUACAGUAGUAAAAUGUGAUGAAUUAGGUGAUUUUUGAAUUUUUCAUGUCAAGUUUUCUGUUCUGAAUGAAUGAAAUUCAUUUAUUUGUACAUAUAUUUUUCCCAUUUUUCAAAUAAAGAAGCUUUUCUCUAAUAAGAA